UUUUGCAUCGCUGGCGGCGCGGACACACUGGUCCUCGCACCGAACCCGAACUCUGAGCAUCUGAGCAUCCACAGCCGGAGUAGGAGCGGAGCGGAGCGCAGUGGCAGCGGAGCAGACGAUGUCCUCGAACCACCAGCAGUCCCCCGCCGCAGUGGCCGCGGCCGUGGCCAGCUGCAAGCUGAAGCAGCAGCAGCGCCGUCGCCUGGCGGCCUUCGACUUCGACCACACGAUCGUGUCGCAGAACACGGACACCGUGGUGCGCGACCUGCUGCCCACGGAGGUGACCAGCGCCCGGGCCAACGAGCUUGUGGAGAACGACUGCUGGACGGAGUACAUGGCCGAGGUGUUCCGCCUGCUGCACGAGCAACAGGUGUCGGAGGCGCGCAUUAGGGAUACCAUUCGUGGCAUUCCCGAGGUGCCCGGAUUCGUGCGCCUAAUCAAGCACCUGGCCAAGCGGCUGCACUACGACCUGAUCAUUAUCAGCGACUCGAACAGCGUCUUCAUCGACGAGUGGCUGCGGGCACACAACCUGGCCGAUUGCUUUGUGGCCGUCUUCACCAAUCCGGCGGAAUUCGAUGCCACCGGACGGCUGAUGGUCCGCGCCCACCACCAGCAAUCGGACUGCAAGCUGAGCGCCAGUAAUCUGUGCAAGGGCCGCGUGCUGGAGCACUUUGUCAUCGAGCAGGACCUGCGGCGCAGCAUACGCUACGACCACGUCUUCUACGUGGGCGACGGCAACAACGACAUCUGCCCCGUGCUGCGGCAGCGGGCGUGCGACUUUGCCUGCGCCCGCAAGGGAUUCGCCAUGGAGAAGCACCUGCUCCGCAACCGCAGCAAGUUGAAGCUGCGUGCCCAGCUUCUGAUCUGGAAGAGCGGCUUCGAUCUGAUGGACCAGAUGCUGGCCCUGCCGCAGCUGCAGACCCCUCAGCUGCAGGGCGAUGGCAAUCAGUCGGAUCAGAAUCAGGGUGCGGAUUCGGAUGCCGUAGUACCAGAGGUGGCACGACGGGCAUCGGCAGUUGCCGGGCCGACCAAGUCGCCCAAUUAAGGAGGCAUGUGCUCGCAUUUGGCACCGGCACGAGUAAGUAGAAACGGUAAUCCUAGAGAGCGAAGAUUAUCCAACUGCAGGAUUGCCAUCGCAAAGGACACUGAUUCUGAAACUGUUUAUUUGAAUUGAAAGACCCGUGUGUUUCUGGUUUUGGACUGUGCUGCGAUGGCAAUGAUGCGGUGCUACGAUGCCAGGAGUGCUCGUGAGGGUCCCAAAUGCGCAUAGCCAUGUCCGCAUCUAUCCCGAUCCCAUCAUCCCCAUCCAUUUGUAGCAUCAUGUGGUCUGGUCUGUUCUUUAUUUGAUCCGCUCGCCAAGGGGGCUGGGUGGAUCUGUAUCUGUGUGCCGGGACUUUACCUGCGAAACAAUUUGUCGAAAUCCAAACAGUACAACUUCGGAAGCGUGCCAGGAGCCAGGAGCCAGGAGGAGGCGUCAAUUUGGGCUGCGGCUGUUAGUGUUUAUUCCAUGAGUGUAUAUUGUAACUUGUUGUAAUUGAAAAUAUUGCCAGCUGUAUAUGAGUGUCCAUAUUAUAUGCAUUUGAAUGUGUGUUUUGCCGUUACUGCA